CAUGACAAAUGACUCUGUAGAAGUGGAGCUCUGACGUAGCCAAAGAUGCAAUUUCCGACUCCCCUGUGACUCAACCAAGCCUUGGGGAGCAACACCGGGACAGGGCACAGAGAGAGCCAGCAGAACGGGAAUGGGAAGCUCCUGGUGAUCCGGGCACUUUCUCCUUCAUGUUACUGACCUGGGAGGAGCCGCUUUAGGAUAUGGAUCCCAAAGAAGCAAGAAGUACCAGGAAGUGCUGCUGAUCUGGACAGACCCCCUUUGCCUGCUGCUGCCCCACAGUGAACAGGGUCCUGCUGAGUCGUGUGGUCCAUCCCUGGACCCUCCAACCACUGACCCCCAUCCGCUCUGACCACAGCCAGAGGCCACAUCCCACUGCCUGCCCAGCACCCAUCCAUGGAAGUGACCACUGUGUUCCCACCUCCUGCCUCACCCACCGAGGGAGACAAUCUCUGUGAGACUGAUGUCACUGAUGUGGCCAUAGACAGUGUGACACUGCUCAUCUGCCUCUGUGGGCUGGUCGGGAACGGGGCUGUCAUCUGCCUUCUCCAAAGGAACCCCACCACCUUUUAUGCCAUCAACCUGGCCUUUGCCAACUUCACCUUCCUCCACUUUGUGGUCCCUUCCACUCUGCUCUACCUGAAGGAGGAAUUGUCCUGCUCCACUAUCAUGCCCCUGGUGUUCCUGAGGGCUCUUUUCCCACUCCUGCUGUUCUCCUACAACCUGGGGCUGUACCUGCUGACAGCCAUCAGCAUUGACAGGUGUAUAUCCAUCCUCUACCCACUCUGGUACCACUGCCACCGUCCCAAGCGCCUGUCAUGGGUGGUGUGUGCCCUGCUCUGGGCAUUGUCCAUCGCUGUCAUUGCCAUGGUGACUUCCCUGUGCCUGUCACAUGAGCACGAGCACUGCCAGGUGGCUCUCAUCUCCAUGUAUGCCCUCAACCUCUUCCUCUUUGCCCCAGCCAUGGUCAUUUCCAGCACAGUCCUCCUCACUAAGAUCAAGUGUGGCUCCCAGCAGCAGCAACCCAAGAGACUCAACACUGUUACUUUCAUUGUUGUGCUCUUCUUCCUUCUCUUUGCUCUCCCACUCAGCCUCUCCAAUUUCCUGCAGCAGUUCGGCUACACCACUGUGUCCUCCCAGGUGGUUUUCCUGCUCACCUGCAUCCACAGCACCAUCAACCCUUUCAUCUACUUCUUGGCAGGGAGGUGCUGGAGGUGCUGCUCCUUGGAGUCCCUCCGGCUCUCCCUCCAGAGGAUCUUUGAGGAGCCAGAAGAAAACACUGCCCACAUCAAUGAAGCCACCAGGGACACAGCCAACCCAGCCUGUUGAUCCCUUCCACUGCUCUGCUGAAGGACCUUGGCACAGAGGCUGAGGGUUUACUUGAGCCACCGGAUUAAUAAAUAUCCACAGGAUCACCCUCUCUGUGGUGCUGUAAUCCCGCAGGAGAAGGGAGCAGGGGCACUGCCGAGGGCCGUGUGGGAGGGAUGCUCUGCGGGGAGCACAUUUCCUCCUCUCUCACACCUCCUAGAACACUAUUUCCCCAAAUGGACCCUUCCCAACACGGCUGUGGUACCAAAAUCCCCCUGGCACCUGG